UGCGCAGGCGCAGCGGGCCUAGCGAGGUCAACAUGCAAGUCGCCAGAAGCUGGGUUUGUCGCAAAACCUAUGUGACCCCACGGAGACCCUUCGAGAAAUCGCGUCUCGACCAGGAGUUAAAGUUGAUUGGAGAGUAUGGACUCCGGAACAAACGUGAGGUGUGGAGGGUCAAGUUCACUCUGGCCAAGAUCCGGAAGGCGGCCCGGGAGCUGUUGACGCUGGACGAGAAGGAUCCUCGGCGUCUGUUUGAAGGCAAUGCUCUACUGAGGCGACUUGUUCGCAUUGGGGUGCUGGAUGAGGGCAAGAUGAAGCUGGAUUACAUCCUGGGCCUGAAGAUUGAGGAUUUCUUGGAGAGACGGCUGCAGACCCAGGUCUUUAAGCUGGGCCUGGCCAAAUCUAUUCACCAUGCCCGCGUGCUCAUCCGCCAACGUCACAUCAGGGUCCGAAAGCAGGUGGUAAACAUCCCAUCCUUCAUUGUUCGCCUGGACUCUCAGAAGCACAUUGACUUCUCCCUGCGGUCUCCUUAUGGUGGUGGCCGCCCAGGCCGAGUGAAGAGGAAGAAUGCCAAGAAAGGCCAGGGUGGUGCUGGAGCUGGCGAUGAUGAGGAAGAGGAUUAAUUGAUUCUUUGCUGCACUGGAGGAUUGUCUAGUUUUCCAGCUGAAAAUAAAGAAUUGAUACUUGGUU